UGACGGCUGAACCCGCUCUUGCCGUUGACUAUUAUCCGAUCUCUGCUCAUUGCAACUUGUGGAAAUUUGUUCAUUUCGACCGCUAUAUCUUAUCGUUCUGGACAAAAUCCAUAGCACAUUUUUCAGACGAACAGAUUAGGGGUUUGUCAAAUUAUUGAGCGGCCCCAUCUUUUGUCUGGAGGAAUAAAAUGAAGAGAGCACACAAGAGUGGUUUCUCAUCGGACGAAGACGUCGAUCCGGCCAAAUGCCCGUUCUUCCAGCUUUCUGCAGAACCCGCGGCGCCGCCGCCGGAGGAAGAAAAAUUCGUGCCGCCGCCUCCGGAGGAAGAGCACCCAGUCCCAGAGCCGCCAAUGGAAAUUGAUUUUGGAUUCAGCACCUGCGACUUGCCUAUGACUGAGUUUUUGUCCUACGACAUCCUGGACGAGUACCAAUACUUCAAAGUGGACGAGCAGGACGACGGCGGUCGGAUGAACACGCCGGACGAUAAUGAUUCAAAUCAAAUGUCUUCAGACGAGUCUUCCGAAGAGUGGGACGUUCCUCUUGACGAGAUUGACAACAUGCUCGAAGAAGGCGUCACUGCUGAUAAAAUAAAAAAUAAGAAGGCUGAGAAGAAAAAGCAAGAUGCUGAUGUUGUUGAAAGAGAGAAAAUAGUUCUCAAUGAAAAGGACCACAACCACUUUGACGUGUUGCCGGAGGGUUGGAUUAAAGUGACUCACGAAAGUGGCAUGCCUGUUUAUUUGCACAGGAAGAGCCGAGUUUGCACAAUGUCCAGGCCAUACGCUUUGGGCACCGGAAGUGUCAGAAAACACAACAUUCCACUGAAUGCAAUUCCAUGCUUGCACUACUCAAAAAUGAAGGAGCGCGAAGUGGCAAAACUAAAAGAGCCUGAGCCAGUGCCACAGGUUAAUGAAAAUAAUGAGGAGAAUCAGGAACCUGCAGCGACUGAUUUGCCAAAAGUUCGUGUUGAAACAGUGCAGGAAAACAUUGAGAACAACACAGUCAAUCCCAAUCAGCUGCAAGACUACUGCAAAUCCAAGUUUGAGUUCAAGGUUGUCAAGAUCAAGAAGUUCAGUUCUUGGACGUCUCGACGACGAUUUUCGAAAAUGGAACGAGCUCAGAAACAGCUGACCAGAUCCACGCUUCCGGAGGGCACAAAUCUGAUAACCUUUCCUCUUUACAAUCCAAAUGAAAAUGAUGGGGAGAAUUCUGGUGCUCCUCCCCCCAGGAGGGAGUGGGUGAUGAAUCCUAACGGCAAAAGUUAUGUUUGCAUUCUUCACGAAUAUGUUCAACACGCACUUCGAAAGCAGCCAGAAUACGAGUACAAAGAGCUGGAAAAUGCUGCAACUCCUUAUUCUGCAACUGUGAUAGUCAACGAUGUGAGAUACGGCCAAGGUUUUGGCACCAGCAAAAAACAGGCAAAGUCAGAGGCGGCCAAAGAAACCCUUGAGAUGAUGAUUCCUGAGAUUAGGAAAAUCAUGAAGCAGGACAAUAAGGGCCGUUAUACGGCCAAUGACACAGAUCUCCACUAUUUUGAUAGCAUCGAAAUAACUGACCCAAGAGUUCCUGAGCUCUGUGCCAAGACAUGUGAGCUGUCUCCGUACGGUAUCCUUCUCAUUUGUCUGCAGAGAAACAUCAAGUUAGAGAACAUGAAAAUUGAGUAUGACGUCAACACUUCCAAGCACCAGAAGAACGAGUACACCAUGCGAGUGGGAGAGCACACGGCCACGGUGCCGUGCAAGAAUAAGCGGGACGGAAAGCAAAGGGCUUCGCAGGAAAUUCUGCAGCAGCUGCAUCCAAACGUCAAGAGCUGGGGGUCUCUGUUGAGACUGUACGGCACUCGAUCGAUCAAAAGUCUCAAGGAGAAAAAACAGGAGGAGAAGGAAAUCACUGUGUUGCAAAAAGAGGCUUCACACAACUCGCCAAAUUAUGCCAUUCUCGAGAAGCUCCGCAAGGAAAUGCAAGCUCUGCAUCAAAAACAGAGUGCCAUCAAAACCAUCGGUCAAUUUAAACCACCUGGAAAUGUGACUCAACCUUCAUCAAGUGAGAAGUGUUGCUAACCUAAUUCCAUUGAAGUCAUUCAAAUUUUUAGAUAGAUUUUGUCUUUUACAUUUAGUUUACCAACCACUUUUUAUUAUCAUAGUGACACUACAAAAAAUGAAAUGAAUUUUUUUCGACAUAAAUUGAGAAGUCAUAAACUUACAAUCCUUUGU